UUUAGUACAUAUAUUAAUACAUUUGCAUCCAUUACACGGAAGCUAAUAACCGUUUGUUUUGGAUUUUUAAACCCGGUAUUUUAAUUGUGCUUUAGUGUUUUAAAUCAUUUUUUGGAUUACAUUCGCUAGAUAUGGAUCAUAAUUGUGUGUAGAGACAAAAAGGGGCUGUCUGUGGAUAAAAGAGAGCCCCACAGGGCGGAUUUAUUUUCAUCUAGGGUACAGGAAAAAUUCGUCCAAAAUGGCGGAUCUCGAGGCAGUACUCGCGGAUGUGAGCUAUUUAAUGGCGAUGGAGAAGAGUAAAUCUACUCCAGCCGCCCGUGCAAGCAAGAAAAUAGUGCUUCCAGAUCCCAGUGUAAGGAGUGUUAUGCAUAAACAUUUGAUGAAGAUGGGAGAAGUGACGUUUGAUAAGAUCUUUAAUCAGAAAUUAGGAUAUUUGUUAUUCAAGCAAUUUUGUGAAGAACAAUGUGAUGAACCAGUCCCUCAAUUGAAAUUUUAUGAUGAGAUUAAAAAAUUUGAAAAUUUAGAGACAGAUGAAGAAAGAAUAACAAAAGGCAAAGAGAUAUAUGACCAGUAUAUCAUGAAAGAGCUUCUGUCUCAGGCUCAUACCUAUUCAAAAGAAGCUGUAGAGCAUGUACAAGAGGCAUUAACUAUGGCACAACGAAGUAAAACACUUGAUAAGGACAUCUUUGAGCCAUAUUUAGAAGAAAUAAAGAAUUCAUUACGAGGCCGAAUAUUUGAGAAAAGUUUACAGAGUGACAAGUACACAAGAUUUUGUCAAUGGAAAAAUUUAGAAUUGAAUAUUCAGUUGACAAUGAAUGACUUCAGUGUUCAUAGAAUUAUUGGUAGAGGAGGUUUUGGUGAGGUGUAUGGCUGCAGGAAGGCAGACACUGGUAAAAUGUAUGCUAUGAAAUGUUUAGACAAAAAACGAAUAAAGAUGAAAGGUGGUGAAACUCUAGCGUUAAAUGAACGAAUAAUGUUGUCUCUAGUCAGUACAGGGGAAGGGAGCCCGUUUAUAGUGUGUAUGACGUAUGCCUUUCAGACUCCAGAAAAACUGUGCUUUAUAUUAGAUUUAAUGAAUGGUGGCGACUUACAUUAUCACCUAUCACAACAUGGUGUCUUCCUUGAAAAGGAGGUCCGCUUUUACGCAGCGGAAGUUAUCCUAGGCCUAGAGCAUAUGCACAGUCGAUUUGUCGUCUAUAGGGACUUAAAGCCAGCAAAUAUAUUACUCGAUGAAAAUGGUCAUGUACGAAUAUCAGAUUUAGGACUUGCCUGUGAUUUUUCCAAAAAGAAACCUCAUGCCAGUGUGGGCACACACGGUUAUAUGGCACCUGAAGUGUUACAGAAGGGAACUGCAUAUGAUUCCAGUGCUGAUUGGUUCUCCUUUGGUUGCAUGCUUUAUAAAUUGUUAAAAGGACAUAGUCCAUUUCGACAACAUAAAACCAAAGAUAAACACGAAAUUGACAGAAUGACCAUGACAAUGACACAGAAUGUUGAUCUCCCAGACUCGAUGUCACCCGAGAUGAAAUCUUUGUUGGAGGGAUUGCUGCGUCGCGACGUAGAGGAGAGACUAGGGUGUCAAGGAAGAGGAGCACAAGAAGUGAAGGAACAUCCAUUUUUCAAGUCCAUAGACUGGAAUCAGGUGUACCUGCAGAAAUACCCACCACCGUUAAUACCGCCACGAGGUGAGGUGAACGCAGCAGACGCGUUUGAUAUCGGCUCAUUUGAUGAGGAGGAUACCAAAGGAAUUAAAUUAACUGAGGCUGAUCAAGAACUAUACAAAAAUUUCCCAAUGGUUGUUUCGGAGCGAUGGCAACAGGAAGUGGCGGAGACCGUGUUUGAGGCAAUCAACACUGAAACAGAUAAAAUAGAACAGAAAAAGAAGCAGAAACCCAGGAUUGAUGAAUUAGAAGAUGGCCCUACUGACUGUAUAGUAGAGGGUGAAGUGUUGAAACUUGGCGGACCAUUUUUACAGACAUGGCAGAAGAAACAUCUAAAAUUAUACCCGAACAGACUUGAGUUUUAUCAUAAAAACCGUGAUGGGCAGGUCGUGAGAGGGAAAGGCGUGGAGCUGGUAUCCAUGCUUGAUAUAAAGGAAAUUUACCCAGAAUUCCAGAAAAUCAACAAGACGGACAACUGUAUUGUUCUCGUCUUAAAAAAUGAACAGAAACUUGCUAUUACCUCACCGGAUAAAGUUUUAAUCAACCAAUGGAAGGAUGAGAUUCUAAAUGGAUUUAAAUUGUCGACUCAGAUUAUGGCAAACAUGAACAAAAAAGCUAGCAAAAUGUACGGAGCAGAAAUUAAUAGCAGUUCAAAUGCGGACAACUUCAGACCACCAUUAGAGCAUAGAAAUAGUAAUGGGAGUUAGGGACAACUGAUGGAUUUUAGUUUGAGUCUAAAAAUAGAAAGUCUAAAAAUAGAAGAAAUGGUUUUAUCAAUGUAAAGUAGAAUGUGAUUGGUUAUUUUUCUGUUGCUAUGAAAAAAGGGAGGAGCUAUCACCAUGAUGAUCAUUUUUGAUUGGCAGAUCAGACUGCUCCUGUUCAACCAGAGGGAUAAAAUUAUUGGAGGAGAUUUCUUUUCUUUUCUUAGCAAAUUUUUGAAUUAACAGAUGUCUUUUUUUUGUGUUGUUAUGUUAACAGAUAUUUAUAGUAUGAAUGUGGUAUUGGAUGAGAAAUUUGACAGAGCUUUGUUAGAAAGAUCUGUUGAACCUUGUUUUCAUAUAAAUAUGGACUCACCUCUCUCAUUGAUGGGAAUAGUCCACUUUCAGUUUCAGGAGGAUUAGGGUAAAAAUCGUUACUAUUUAUAGAAAUGUAAAAUCGUUGCUAUUUAUAGAAAUGUUAUGAAUAAUUCCUGAAUUGAAAGGUGAAUGAAUAUUUAUCAGUCCCAACUGUGAGAAAACAUAAACAUACGCAUUUUGUUGUAUAAUUGUUGUUAAGAUAAAUAUAGAACAGUCUUAAUAUCCCCUUGUGUCCAUAAUGGAACAUUCUUUUCUCUUCUUAUGAAUCUCUCUUUUUUUUGGAUAAUGUUGGAAAUGAAGCUGACUUAGGGAGAUAAAUAUAUUUGCUGUGCACAUGUUUUUCUAUUUAAAAGUGCAUUUUUGGAGCUCACCUGUGCACAAAUUCAAUCAGAGGUGACUUUUUGUGAUGGGCUGUCGCCAAUCUUAUUUCACAAUAUCUUGCAGUCCUGUAGAUUUUGACGAAACUUCACAUAAAUCUUGAAGAUGUUAUUUCAAAGUUAUGUUAUGGUUCAAGUUGUGGGAGCAAUUCUUCAGCAUUGUUUUUUGGGCCUAUCAUAAGUAAAGAUUUUGGAAGAAAAAAAUGACCCUGUUCUAGGGGUCACUUGGACAGUAUAGAUAAAAGCUUUUGAGAUAUUUGCCUGUUAAAAAUUGAAAAGUCAUUAUCUUUGGUAUGCAGCUGUGUCCAAACUUCUUUUUGUCAAGAAUUCUACAAACAUUGUAAUAUGAAUUAUGGCCCUUUGGUCAAACAUGGUUUCCCACACAUCUACUUCUACAUUUAGACUAGCGAGUGAUCAAGGCCCAUUGAGGCAAUUGUUACAAAGAAAAGGUGAAAAAAGGAAGAAAUUAAAACGAUUAAAUAGUAUUUUGAGACAAAUAUUUACUACUGAGUCCAGUUUUCAUACAGCAAUAAAAAAAAUUGAAAGAUUGGCAAAAUUUCCCAGCUGAAUAUUUUUUCAUUUAGUUUUUUUUAAGGGUCAGUUUUUGUCCCUUUACAUGUUACACAAAUUUGACAGUAUGUGUCCAUAGCUGAAUCUCAUUGCUUUAACUAUGUUUCUCCUAGUAUUUUUGGAGUGCCAAUUUUUUUGUCGCCUAGUAUUUUUGGAGUAAACAGUAAUUAAUCAAGCAUAAUCAUUUCUUUGUAUUUAUCAACAUAUCAUCUUGAUAUUGAUAUAUGGACACUUUAAUGCAGUAACUGUUUAACUCCUAUUAGGUUACAUGAGGAGUUAAACCGUUACUGCACUAAUGUGACGAUACAUGUAUCUGGUUUGGUUUGGAGUUAUUAGCUCACUUGAGCACAAAGUGCUGAAUGUUGAGUAUAUUGUGAUUGGCUGAUGUCCAUUGUCUUGCAUUGUAUUUUAUUGUUCUCAAUAUCUGUAAAGAACAACUCUUCCUGAACAAAGGUCCAGAUCAUGAACAAAAUUCACCAAAGUAAUACUUAUGUGGUCCGUUACAAAAGUUCUAUGAUAUAGUUUAGAUCAUGAUAUCUAAAAAUAGAUUUGAUUAUGAGAUCUAAAAAUAGAUUUGAUUAUGAGAUCUAAAAAAAGAUUUGAUUAUGGGAUCUAAAAAUAGAUUUGUUUAUGAAAUAUGAAAAUAGACUUGAUAAAAGGUUUGAUUAUGAGAUCGGGGAAAAAAAGAUGUGAUCAUGAGAUUGAAAAAAAAGAUUUGAUUAUGAGAUCUAGAAAUAGAUUUUAAAAUUUAACUUUUGAAAUCUUCAAAAAAAACUGAAUUGUACCAAUAAAAAAAACAUGUAAAAAGCUGUGCAGUGGACCUCUACAAUAGUUAUAUGAGUUUUGUCCCUGUGGUCAAAAUGUGGCCAUAUAGUUCACAUAGACAUAUUUAUUCAAGUCAAUUUUGAAUUGUUUUGUCUGAAAUUAAAUGGCUUAAAACUUAAGGUACUUAGCUUGUUGCAUUGUCUACUGUGAUCCUGUUGAAAAGAUAGAUAAAUCGUGGCCCUCGGGAUAAAUAAUGGCUUUUUUUCAUUAACUUAAAUCGGAACACAUUUUGGAAAAUUUUCUACAAAAUUUUUAAAUUGUGGAUCUCGGGCUUCGGUUUCAUGAAAUGAUCCUGCUCUGCAGAACUUUUUAUGUACCUUUCAGUUACUUGAGGUGAGCGAUGUAGGCUUACUUGGGCCUCUUGUGUUUUGUUUGUUUGCUUGCCGUAAGAUUGUGAUCUGUACAAUACAUAAGCAAAAACAAAAUCUAGUCAUGCUUUUCAGUGCAUGAGAAAUGUGUUUACACAAAUCUUGUGCCAAGUUUUGUCAUUAUUAUUGAUAUUGUGUUUUUACUCUGAGAAAUAAAUCUCAUAUUUUCUGAAAUAAUGUAGAUACGUCAGAAAAGUCUUAAGUUUAUUUGUGUUCAACAUGCGCCUCAGUUUGUUUCUUAUGAAUAUUUCAAUACCUUAGAUUCUUUUAUGAAGCGGAAUGCACACCCAUGUAAAACUACUGAUUUAGGGGGAAAGAAUUACCAAUUUCUUUUAGCUAAGAAAUAAACCCAGAAAAUAAGUCUAGUAGGAAAAGGGAUAUAAUUAUGUUAUUUAUGUAAUUAAGAUGAUGUCAAAAAGAAAAAUACUGAAAGAUUUUGUUUUAUUUUUUAAGACAGAUUCUCAUAAUUUUUUUCCCGCUAACUCGAUGAUCACUGUGUUAAGACUUCACUCCAAGCUCCGCCCACCACUCACUUUUCUUGUCCCUUUUUCCGAGUGUUUUUUUGUACAAUCUUGCGUAGUGCUAUAACUUUUGGUGCUCUUUGGUUAUCUCACAAUCAGAUGCCAUUAACUUUUAACUUACCUUUUUUACUAACAUUCGUAUUUUCAUCACCUUCAGUGUGUUAUCACUGGUAUAAAUUUGAAUAAAAAAUAUGUUUUAUACAAACUAGAAUACAAAAUGUAAUUUUUCAUGACACGAUGCUGUCAGUCCAUCGGUCCCUAGACAUUUAAUUUUCGGUUGAUUUGUUUUAUGUGGUAAAAAUGACCAGCUAGUUUGUAAAAAGGUUGGUGGUUCAAACUAGUUCGAAAUAAUGUAACCCCCCGAGUUGGAAUUUCUAGUCCAUCUUUUUCCAUCUUUUAAUACGGACAAAACCAUUUAUCGUUUUUCAGGGAAAAUUCAAAAUACAUGUGUGUACUAACUGAAUAGCAAACAGUGCGGACCACAGGCAGGCUGCAUGGAUGUGCUGGCUGAUCAUGGUCUUCACUGGUUGCAUGGGUUAGAAUCUGCUACCAUCAGUAGGUUCUGAGUUCGAGAGAAGGUCUACCUCUGCCAGUAAAAGCUGGAAAGUUGCCAAAUGACCAUAAUAGUUACUUACAAGCCCAACCACAGUUCAAAGUUGUUUUCAGUGGAAAAAAAAAACCCACCCCUUUGUUCACAAUAUUGACUUACUUGUAAAAUAGAUAUUUUCCAUGAUCUUUAAUUCCAUUGUUUUUUAAAUUCUGUGGAUAUAUAAAAUGUUGGAUUGCAAUAUGUAAAUUCCAUGGUCUUAAAUUCCAUGGUUUUUUUAAAACUGUGGAUUAAAUAAAAUGUUGGAUUGCAAUAUAUAUAUUCCAUGGUCUUUAAUUCCAUGGUUCUUGAAACUCUAUGGAUAUAUAAAAUAUUGGAUUGCAUUGCAAAUAUAUCUGUAAUAAAUAACCAUUGAAAGGUACUAUAGUCUUAUCUCAUUAACUCCUUCUGUCUCCGGACCUUAAGAUUUGCCUUUUUAAUGAGAAUAGGGGUGUCACUGUCAGCAAAAGUGAUAACCGUUGAAACGGUUACCUAAAAAACGUUUUAAACGUCUAACCAACCAUACCAAUAAAAUUGUUAGAUUUUCAACAUUUUUAUUAACUUUGUUGUUUUUUAUGACAAGAUAUGACAUUUUGCUUGUAUUUUAUAGAACUUCACCUUUUUUCGGUUGAGCCGUACCAUUCGCGAUCAGAUAGCAGGGGAUCGGAAAAAAUACAUUGUUAAGUACAAUCGAAAUACAAGCAAAAUGUCAUAUCUUGUUAUAAAAAUUAUGUUAAGGUUUACAAUCAAUUAAAAAAUUUCUUGGCUCUUUGUCUAAUACUAACACCUUGUUUACUGGUUAUUAAAUUUUCUAAAUGGGUUUUAGUUAAAAACCGACUGUACGUGUUUAAACGUGACACACUUUAAUGAGACCGACAAGGAAUAUAGCACAGUCAGUUACUUAGAUCUGAUUUAUAAUUUUUAUGAAACACAAUACUUUUACAAGUAACUUGCAACUUGUUUCACCACAUUUUUUUUUUUUUUUUGAAAUGUAGAAAACAAAAUUCUCCCACACUACUUACUAACUUAGGAAGAAAAGUUCAUUGAAAAAACCAAGAAUUAGGCUUUUUGCUUUAAGGUGAUAUUAGGUUUCUUUUUAUGGCCUGAACAAUUGCCAAAUCAUGGCCAUGUUAAUGUUGGUAAGAUUUUUGAAACCUGUCAGAAAUUACAAGGAAAAUAACAUAAUUACUGUUUUUGAUGUGCUUUUUUAUCGUAUUUUCUGACGGGUGUUUGCAUUUGACUAUCUUUUGCAUUGAGUAAAUGAAUAUUGUAUUUGACAUUUCAUUGAUCAUAAUUUCUUUGUUCAUGUAUAUAAAUAGACUGUUUGUUGUUUUAACGAUGUUUAUUAUGAAUUUAUAGCAUUUUGUAAAAUAAUCUUAGUAAUUUAAAUUUUAUAAUUGGGUGUAAAUAAUACUGUUCCUUCGUAUUUUGUAUGUAUAAUUGUUAUUUAUGAAUUAAUUUUUAAUGUGUUCCUUGUUUUUUAUUUGGUUACUUUUUCUUUCUUUUUUUUAUAUAAUAUAUAUAUAUUUUUUCAUUGACAGAUGAUGUAAGCCAUUUUGAAUGUUGCACGAUGGGAUAUUUUUUUUUUGAAAAUGUGUUACUAAAAAUAAUAUUUAUUGCUAAAAAUAGAAAGAUUGACAUGUGUUCCAAGAAACAUGAUGAUGGUGAUAGUAUAAAUUUCCAUUAAUACAGGGAUAUUUCAUAAAGUGUAGCCCUCAAUCUGUUAUUAAUAGGCGGCCAUUUUUUUGCUUUUGGUAAAUUGUCGUCUGCAAAUUGUAACAUUUAUGGUAUGGUCUCAUAACCCUUCACCCCUGAAUUCAUGUAAUGGAUUGGCUUUGCUUUGAAUUCAGAACUGUCCAUUCCAAGUUUUAGGGAUUUUAAUAAACUGGAGCUACCAACAGUAUAGAGCCUGGUCAGACUGUGCAUAGGGUUGUGGUCUGGCUGGCCCGACUCUAUACUGGUGACUAAGGUAAAAAUUUUUUGAUACACGCAGGGUAAGAGUUUGAACAGUAUGAUUGCAAUGGAUAUGGAAAUCUGAAAAUAAAAUUUGCAAGGUAUUUAUCAUUAAUCAUCAAGGAAACGAAAGGUGUUAGUUUUACUGUGUUUGUUAAGAGGAACAUUUAAAAGGCCGGUCAAAUUAUUGAAAUAUUUGUUCAUCUUAAAUCAAAUUAUGUUAUUAAAGAAGCAUGCCUCCAGAUUCCCGCUACUUUUUUGUGUGAAUUUAGAGUGUUUAAAAUAGUAAAAUAUUGUUGUAACGAAACAAAACAAAUUCAAAUAAGUAAAAGUAGCGAACUAUCCUUAUAAAAUUACUGUACACAUAAUGUGUCGGAAAACACACAAGAAAUAGCCAUUACUUUGUUUUUAACUGGUCAGAGAUAUAGUGAAUGAAAAAUAGUAAACAUCAGUCAAAUUUUGCAUAUACAUGUAUAUAACAUAUGAAGUUUUUUAAGCCUUACGAAUAGAUUAACAUUUCAUUUUUCAACCUCUGUAUGUAAAUUUUAAAGUUUGAAUCCAUUAAUCAGAAGGCAUGCAGCUGUUUAAAAAAUACAUGAAAACUUGUUGCAGGCGCUGUGUGUUGACAUUUUAUGUAUCUUUUCCAGUUCAUAUAGAUUUUCAGACUGUGUAGUAUUUGUCAUGUAUUAUUCGUGGGGUUAUUAACUAAGCAAAUAUUCAAUUACACACUGCUAAGUUGUCACUAUUUGUUUAAUAAUUCUUUUCAUGAAAAUUUUGAUCACAACUUGAACUAUCCUAAUGUUUAAAUCUUGUUGUGUAUAACUUAUUUAUAGAGAAUGUAAAUUUAUACUCUGGUGUGCAGUAAAAAAUCAUUACUUUUAAAUAAUGUUUUAAUGGGGAAAUAAUUAUAAUUCUAACAUUGAAGGUUAAAAUUUUAUAUAAUAAUGGACAAAUCAGUAAAUGCCAGUGUAAAUGGUCAAGUAAAGUACUUUUGAUUUUUGUAACAAUUAAUUUUGUAUUACAUGCUUUUUUCUUGUGUUUACACUGUACACAAACUGGCCGUGAAAACAUUGUAGUAAUUCAUAUUUCGGCCGUUGACACAUUCGUUUACUGUGUCAAGGUGGCGUAAGUUUUCAUUCACAUCUGUUUAUUGAACAUUACAUGAAAUUGAACACAAAAGUCAUUAUAGUUUAUCUUUGCAAAGACCAUAUACAUAUAUUUAUUUUCUGCCUGCACCAUUUGUUAAGACAAAUUUAAGUUGUUUUUUUUUUCUUUUUUUAGGAAUUAUGACAUGGUGAACAAACUUUCAGAAAAAUUCCCCUCAUGACCUUUGAUUUAUUUGACAAAAUCAAUUAGGGCUCAUUAUAAAAUUUUUGAAAUCUACUGUUUGAUUAUCAUCAUUGAUUUGGAGUAUUAGUGAAAUCAAUUUUUCUCACGUUUUUUUUUUUUUUUUGUAUAAUCUUUUUGAAAAAAAAGGAUCUGGAGAUAUGCACUUUUAAGCCUUGAAAUAAAAAGAAAAUAUAUGAAUUUCAGAAAUAUGGCCAGUGUUUAAUUUUGUGAGCCCAUACCCUGUUGUAAUGCCAAGUUUCAUCUUGAUAUCCCCAAAAAUUGAGAAUGGACAGUUCCGCAAAUGGAAGCUGGACAAGUUCAUUUAAGAAAUUCAGCAGGUUAAGGGUGAAAAAAAAUGAAUUGGAUCUUGGUUGUUGUUUUUUUUUUCUGACUGGCAUUUAGUAUAUAUACUUAGAUGUGCACUUUUUUGAGACAAGGGAGGUAAGCUGGAGAUAGUUGUGUUUUUAUUGUAUGAAAGAAUUUGGACAGUUUUAAAAGUUUAUUGUUAUGAAUUUUGUUUGGAUAUGUUUAUCAGUCGUCACCUUAGCGCAGUAACGAGUUAUGUCUUUUCUAAAUUUAGUAGGAGUUAAUCAGUUAUUGCACUAAGGUGAUGAUUAUUCAGUGUAAAACAUGCAUUUCAGAAGAAUUUAAGAGUACUCAUAGGGUCUUGUGAAAGACCCUGGUACACAAUAUACAUGUAGUUGGUUUACCAGCAGAGAAUUAAUGUCAGAAGUAUUUUACACAUAUGCCAAUUUUGACAUGACAUAAAUCGGUUUAUGACUACACAGCUACUUUUAAAUAUCUGUGUGUUAAUGAGGAUAUGACAUAUAUCAAUAUAACACAAGAAUGAGUAGUGAUUUAUGUUGAUAGCGUUUUGUGUGUAUACAUUUAUUAUUAAAAAACAACCAAAAUGUUUACGAAUUUUACCCAUAUGACAAAAUUUUUAUAUGUCGACUUUGCAUCUUGCAGUUAUACUAUUUAUUGUGAAAAUAACUUGUGUUUAAAUUAUGUGUUACAUUAAAUUUUGAUUUUAGUAAAAUUGGAGUAACAUAUAUUUUUUGAAACGUGUGGAAUCACAUAGAGUAACUUACACAGCUAUAAAUAACUUAGUCCCACACAAUUCUGAACAAAGAAUAUGUCAUAAUUUUCACCCAAUUUGUAAAAUAUUUAAUCUAGAUACUGAAAUUUGGAAAAAAUUUAUACACUUUGCAUGGGUAGCAGUAUGUAUGUAGGAAUAAUAUGUCUGUGAACAAAAUUUAAAGUUUAAGCUUCGGGUAGCCGAGCUUGAAAAAUUCCUACAGAACUUUCCUAAUGGACUAGUCCAUCAUCCAUUUUUGCAGCCAUUUAUUUUGACUUUUUGUUUGCGAUAUCAUGAUAAGAAAAUUUUUAAUGUGGGUCACACUCAGAGUAAAGAGCCUUGUCAAAGGUACCAGAUGUGCUGACUGACUGGCCUUGUUUUAUGCUGGCGGCAAAUAAAAGCAAUGCAAUAUUGACUUCAGUAAAUAAAGGUGAUUCAUUUUGAAAAAACAAAUUAUUUAGAGGGAAUAAAAUUCUAGAUUUUUUUUAUUACUUAAGACUAGAAUCAAAAAUAUGAUCAGGGAAAUAAAAUUUAAAUGCCAUGUGUUCUUAAUAUUUCAAAAUUAGAUUACAGGGAGCAUAAAGUUAUUUUAUCGCAAAAGUAAAUAAUUGUCAUUAAGUUUUAAUUUAUUGUUUAUCAUUAUUCAUUUCAAAGUUAAAAGUUGUCAGUUUAUCAUUACAGAAGAAAAACAGUUAUUCAGUUUCAUUUACAUACAUUUUAUAACUCGUGUGCAAUGCAAAUUGGUUUAUCAUUUUAAGAAAUGUUAAUCAUUUGAAAACUGUUUAAAUCUUUGAAUAAAGAUGUUUCAUUGAAGACAUGGUUUAUAUCAUUUGAAAAAUGAUCUUUCCCCAUCAUUUAUAAAAUAGUUUAUCAUUCAAAAAAUGGUUUAUCAUUUGAAAAAUAGUUGAUAAUUUGAAAAAUAUUGUCUAUCCUAAAAACAAAACAUUCGUCAUUUUAAAUAUGAUUUAUCGCAUGAAAAAUAGUUUUAUCAUUUGAAAAAUGGUUUUAUCACUUUAAAAACAAAUUAUAGUUUUUCAUUUCAAAUUGAAAAAUGGUUUAUCAGUUGAAAGAUUGUUUAUAACUUUAAAUAUUAUCACUUGAAAUAUCAUUCAUGAUCAAAGUAAGAUGUUCACUGGGAACUGUUAAAAUAUGGUUGCAAGAAAAAAAGAGAACAUUUAUUACUUUUAGUCUUAAAAGGAGAUCGUUUCAUUAAAUAAUCAUUAUUAUUGAACAAUUUUGUUAAUCAAUACAUUGACAUGUUAUUACUGUAAAGAAAUGUUUUUAUAAUGUAAGCUCACCAAAGUUUAUAGUUCUCAUUUGAGUUUUAUUGGAUGGGUGGGUUGAUUGGUGAAUAACUGUCUUGAUGUUAUCCAUGUGUUAUCCACUAUUGUUAUAAAAUGACAUCUCUGAAAUCAGUUUGUUAGUUUGGAUGAAAGUUGCUGGAAAUGUUCCUUGCAUGUAACUGUCUCAAAGUAGAUUGAAUGAAUGGUCUGUUGUGCAGUAGGUGUACAGGGGAUACAAUAUGUUUUUAAUAGUGAAAUCUUUCCAAAAUAACUUUGGCACUAAGGUUUGUCUACUUUGUUAUAGCAUCAAACAUAUUUAAUUUUGAUUAAUUUACAUUCACUUACACAGGUUUAUGUAUCAUAUCAAUGAUAUGCUUCGUCCAGAAGCACCCGCCUCUUUGAAAACACGGUCACGCCCACUGUGUACAAGGUCACGCCUUUUUGUGAAGGAAAUCACACAUCGGAAAGAAAAGCAGGGGGGAUUUAUACAUAUUUCAGAUACUUUUUAAGAUUGUUUGUUUGUGAGCUUAGAAUAAAUCUUCUGGUUUUACAUAGCCAUCAAUAAUAGUCUGUACAUUUGUCCAUUUAAUAUCCAGAAAGACUUACGAAAAAUAGGUCAAAACCAUUAGGAUAUUGAACGAAAUUAAGAAGAAAUGAAAAUAUUUUGAAAUUCAUUACUUUUGAAAUUUAAAUAUUGCGAUAGAAUACCGGAUAACAAUGAUUUUUCCCCAAAUAUUUGUUUUGUAUGAAUUGAACAAACUCUUUGACAAACAUUGAUUUUGAACUUACGUAGGACCGUUUUAUUUUUUCUAAUAGUUAACAGUUACGUAUACAUUGUAUAGUGGUGUUGAAAGUUUAAUCAAUAAACACCUUUCAGAAACAAGUUUAAAAACUAGGUCGUUGGAAAUGAAAAUCCAGAAAACGAUGAAAAAAGAAAGAAGAAAAUUAAAUGACAAAUAACCAACUCGCGUACUUAGGACAUUGUAAACAUUGCAUUGUGACACACAGCUAUAAUAAAAGUGAGAUAAGUCUCUGAUUGUAUACAUAAACAAUACAAAUUAUGAUGGAAACAACACAAUUUUGCUAAGCUUUACUUCUGAAAAUAUUUGUUUCAACAGUGCGUGCGUGCGUUCCUGUGUGCGUGUAUUUUUGUAGAGAAUGCCUGUUUUUUGUGAGGAUCAGAAGUAUUUCAUCACAUCUCCCCAAUCCCCUCUCCCCCCUUCCCCCCCCCCACAAAACCCCAAUUCAAUGAAAGAUAACCUAUACUUGCAUAGUGACAAUUAAUAUAUGAAAAGAUGGACUUGAUGGUACAUUUAUGUUACUAUAUUUAGAUAUUUGAUUAUGACUUUUUUCAUGUCAGUAUUUGUUGUUUAUAUUGUGUAUUUGUUGGUCCCCCCUUCUCUCUAGGUCGUGUGACUGUUUCUUACGCUUCAUCAUUGAUGUACAUGUAUAGAUAAGCUUUUUAUCAUUUCAGAAUCUCUAGAAUUUCACAUUAUUUUAACCAGUGUCAGUCAUUUUGAAGUCAUGUGACCAUAUCUAGACCCCCGUGACAUAGAAUCUGACAGACACGUGACCAUUUUCUCUGCUGGUAUAACAGAUCAUGAAAACAAGAAAUAAAAUUGUUUUAUAAAAUGUGAAA